UCAAAGUUGACAUUCCAUAUAAUAUAUUAUUGUCAUUUGUCAUAAAAUAAAUGUUUACUUAUUUGUAAAAUUUACAACUGUAUAUCAGAUAAACAAAUGAGGUCGUGUUUAUUUCGGCAAGCUACAGAUUAUGCAAUUUGAAAAUUAUAAAACAUAAGUAACAAAAAUAAUACGUAAGAAAUACGAUCUUAACUUUGUAUAAUUCAAAAUGUCUGAAAAUCAAGACCCGCCAAUGUCUCCAUCAGAAGAUAAAGACAUAAACAGCGCUACAAAUAAACAAGACAUUGACAUGGAUGAAGAAAUAUCGGCGCGAAUGACUGCUUCCUACAGCGAAAUAUCCUUUCAUUCCGAUCCUGGCCAAUCGGGGGAUCCAGAUAAAACCAUCACACCAUCUCGACCUUACGACCUACCAUCAGAGAAUCGUAAACAGGAUAAAUUCCCUCUAGAUUUGGACGGACACGUACGCUACGAGGGCGACAUGACACACUAUGUAGCUGAUGACUUAGAGUUCAAAAUUAAACUGUCUAGUCCAAUAGCGAAAAGGGGAGAGACUCCAGUGUUUGGUAGUUCGAGUGCCUCGCGCUCCAGCACGCCUUCAGGGAAACUGUACAGACAAAUACUAGCACCGCAGAUUGGUCAAAUUGAUAUAACAGUUUUGCAUGAUCUUGAAUAUGAAGCCCAAAAGAUAGCACAGUCAGUUGAUAACCUUAUAGAGAAUUUGUCGAGUAUAUUGCAUUCUAACUCAUCUCUUACUGCAGAGAAUAUGGAAGUUUAUAAAGAUGCCGUUGGGAAGACUUGUGAUGCGAUGGAUAAUAAUAUAAAGAGUAUGUACACUAUCCUGGCAAAGGGUGAAGAGGUGUCUCAAGCCAUGAUCCCGGUACAAGCACAGGCAGCGAGGAUAGCAGAGAUAAAACGGCUUUUACAGUUGUUUGAGAGCAAUUUCUAGUCAAUUAAAUGAUGUUUCCAUAUUUAUUUAGCCUGUUAGCCUUAGCUGUAUAAGUGAUUCUUGAUGUGAAAUAAAUAAUUUGUAUCAUUAAGCAUAAUAGCAAAGAUAUAAAAUAUUGUAAUUUGAUAAUAUGCACAAAUCCUUGAAGAAUAUUGGUUGUAGUAUGUCU